AUGAUGUUAAACCCCAAAAAGUGCGUUUUUGGGGUCAUCUCGGAAAAGUUCUUGGGUUACCUCGUCUCAAGGCGAGGCAUCGAAGCAAAUCCGGAUAAGGUAAAAGCAAUCCAAGAAAUGUCUCCACCUCGGUGCGUCCGCGACGUCCAGAGGCUAAGAGGGCGGUUGGCCGCCCUGAACCGGUUCUUGUCGCAAUCAACUUCCAAGGCGUUGCCCUUUUUCAAGGUUCUAAAAAAUGCCGAUAGUUUCUCCUGGACUGAGGAAUGUCAACAGGCCUUCGAGCAAUUGAAGGAGUACCUUCACCACCUCCCAACACUUACCUGGCCUCGGCCAGGGGACAAGUUGUUUUUGUACCUGUCUGCCGCCGUCGAAGCCGUAAGCGCCGUAUUGAUAAGGGAGGAAGGUGUACAAAGGCCAGUUUACUACGUCAGCCGAGUCCUCCGAGAUCCGGAGACCAGAUACAGUCAGGCGGAGAAGCUCGUGCUGGCUUUAAUCCACGCAGCCCACAAGCUCAAGCCCUACUUUUUAGCUCACCACAUUUGUCUUAGAACUGACCAGCCCUUCAGGCAAGUUUUAUCACGGCCGGAGGCUUUCGGACGUCUUACUAAAUGGGCCAUCGAGAUGGGGGAGUACGACCUGUCUUACGAGUCUCGUGCCGCAAUCAAGGCACAGGCCCUCGCGAAUUUCCUAGCCGAGCUCACUUUUGAUGGGAUGAAGGAGGCCACCCAGAAUACCACCCCGGCUACCACCGAGCCGCAACGGUGGAUUUUGCAUGUGGACGGCUCGUCCAAUAGUGAGGGUAGUGGGGCAGGCUUGCUCCUCGAAAACCCCCAAGGAGAAAUAUGCUCAUAUGCCUUGAGAUUUGACUUCGCUGUUUCUAACAAUGAGGCCGAAUACGAAACAGUCAUUGUCGGCUUGCAACUGGCUCGUAAGCUCGGGGCUGCGCACAUCUUGGUCUACAGUGAUUCCCAACUCGUCGUGUGUCAGAUACUGGGCGAAUACGAGACCAGGGAAGAGGUGAUGCAUCGCUACGUCUCCAAGGUCCUCCAGUUGGUGGCACAUUUCGAAUCUUUUGAAAUCCAAAGAAUACCGCGGUCACAGAACAGGAGGGCUGAUGCCCUCUCCCGGCUCGCUUCUAUUUCUUUUUCUGAUUUAAACAAGACGGUUCUCGUGGAAGUCUUAGCCGAGCCGGGGUACGAAGGAGAGGUCGUGUAUCCCAUCUAUCCUGGGGACACGUGGAUGGGGCCCUUGGUUCGAUUUCUCAGCCAGGGAGAGCUCCCAGAAGACCGACCUGAGUCGAGAAAGCUGCAACGUAAAGCAGCUCGGUACGUUCUUCGACAAAAUCUCUUAUACAAGAGAUCAUACCUCGGCCCAUGGCUGCGGUGCAUUACGCCCGAAGAGGGCGAGAGGAUCCUGCAAGACAUACACGAGGGACUUUGUGGUGCUCACGUCGGCUAUAGGAUGUUUGUCAAAAAAGCUUUGUUGCUUGGGUAUUUCUGGCCCACCAUGAGGGUAGAUGUCCAGGUCAUGGUCCUUAACUGUCCUUCUUGCCAGCACCACGUCCCUGAGCACCACCAGCCGACUAAUCUUAUGAUUCUCAUCACCUCGCCAUGGCCAGCCCCAGGCAAUUACGCCUACGUGGUGGUGGCAGUAGAUUACUUCACCAAAUGGGUCAAGGCAGAGCUUCUGAGGAGUAUCACUGGGUCAGCGGUCCAAAAAUUCUUUUGGAAGAAUGUGGUUUGCCGCUUCAGCCUACCCCGGGUGGUCAUCUCAGAUAACGGCAGGCAGUUCGCGGAUAAUCCUUUCAAAACGUGGUGUGAAAACUUGGGGAUCAAACAGCAUUUCACUUCGGUUGGACACCCCCAGGCCAAUGGACAAGUUGAAAACUUCAACCGCACUCUCCUUCAUGGUCUUAAAACCAGGUUACACCGGGUUGGGUCAUCAUGGAUGGAAGAGCUCCCCAGCGUGCUGUGGUCCUACCGAACCACCCCGAGGUCAGCAACUCAAGAAACCCCAUUUUCUUUGACUUACGGGUCCGAAGCUGUUGUCCCAACCGAAUUCAUUACCCCGAGUCCACGAAUGGCAGCAUAUGCCGCCGAAGUCAACGAAGAGGAACGGCGAGUUGACCUCGAUCUCGCCGAAGAGAAACGUGAUAUGGCUGUGGCCAAAGUUGCUCUUUAUAAAAAUAUUCUAACUGGUUAUUACAAUGCUCGGGUCAAACACUUGCGAUUCAAUCCGGGAGACCUUGUGCUCCGGAAGAACUCGGUUAGCCGAGCUGAGCCUCAGGGUAAACUAAAUCCCAAGUGGGAGGGACCAUACCGUGUUGUUGAAUCCAGCCAAAAUGGAUAUUGUAAAUUGGCAUACCGAGAUGGCUCUCGGGUGCCCCGAACCUGGCAUGCUGAAAAUCUUAAAUUGUAUUACCCUUGA